UGACGGAGUUUGCCGGUCAUUGCCGAAGUGUGCCGGAGCCUCUCGCACCUUUGAGCGAGCGUCUCUCUCGGUGCAGUUCUCCAGUCACUCUCUGUCGAGCAGCGGCGCGUUUCCCCGGGGUGAAGUCGUGCGCGUUUGUCCGCUGUCUGUCCGCGGACCGUGUGUAAUGUCGGCAGCCUGACGGGAGGACGGCGGCGUAGCAUCCACGCGGCGGGGGUCUCGGCUGUGCCCGGGACUGACAGCCCGUCCGGCGUCCUUUGUUGUGUCAGGCGGCGGCGCCGGUGUUUCUCCACGACAGACACGACGACACGUCUCCGGGACAGACGGGUGUGCUGGUGUAACGGACGGAGCCGCCUGACGUCGAGGGGGCGCGGAGGAGAAACGGUGACUGCGGAGAAAGUAGUCGUCCCCCCCCCCCCCCCCCCCCCCUGCACCCGCAAUGUUCGGAUGUGUGCAAGAGACGAGGGCCGGCAGCAUCCCGCUCCACAGUCACGACCUUUGAGAGGGACCUCACCCACAUCUCUGCCCUUCUACGCUGGGAAAAAAACCACCACCAGAACCCCCCACCUCCACCUGUAACCCUCCCGAUGAUGACAUCCCCGGACUCUCCCCCACUUGUCUCCCCUUCUCCAUGCCCUGCCCCCCCUCCGUCCGUCCCUACCUCCCCUGUGCCCUCCUCCCCGGCCCCGUCCUCCUCUUCCCUGCCCGCCCCGCCCUCGCUGCCCCCUACGGGGGAGGUGAUGGUGCUGGCACUGGGCAGGAAGAAGCAGAGGGUGCUAAUCGCUCUCUCCAUCCUCCCCAACCUCUUCCUGGCCUUCCUGCUCUCGUCCGACCCCCUCAUCACCCUCUCCCCGCCCCACCACUGCCAUCUGCCGGGGCCCCUGCCGUCACUUGAGGUGCUGAACGCCUCCCUGCCCUGGGAGAAGGGGGAGAGGCCCGGAGACAGCAGGGGCCCAUCGCAGUGUAAGCAGUACGUCAACGGUAGCCAGUCGGCGGUGGUGGACUGCGAGGCCGGCUGGGACUACAACGUCACAGAGGGGCUGAGGAACAACAUUGUGACUGAGUGGGAUCUGGUCUGUGGUCAGUACUGGCUGGUCCCAGUGGAAGAGGUGUGUUUCAUCCUGGGCGUCCUGACUGGCUGUCUGGGUCUGGGCCAUGCUGCCGACAGGCUGGGAAGGUCCAAGACUCUGUUGACCUCCCUGACCCUGUCGGUGGUGUUUGGGGUGCUGGUGUGCGUCUCCCCGUACCCCUCCAUCUUCAUCGUAAUGCGGUUCUGUCUGGCGGCUGCUAGUGCGGGAGUCUACCUCACACUUUACAUCACCCGCCUGGAGCUGUGUGAGCCCUCCCUGAGGAUGGUGGUGACCAUGCUGGCCGGGCUGAUGACUGUGGCAGGAGAGUUGCUGCUACUGGCUGUGGCCCUGGGCUGCCAGUCGUGGAGGGGCCUGCUGGGAGCUGGGGCUGCACCGCUAACACUGUUUCUCAGCUACGGCAUUCCUGGAGUAUUUCCAGAGUCCCCACGCUGGCUCCUUCUGUCAGAGCGCUCUGCCGACAUGACCUCGUUCAGCGACAGAAGAAACUCCAACAGAGACGUGAGGGACGACGAGAGCUUUACAGAGCUGGAUUCAGAUCCCUCCCCCUCCUCCCGCCCCCACCUGUCCUUCCCCGAGCUCAUCCACAGCAGGAACAUCUGGAAGAACAUGUGUGUGCUCGGCUUCACCUCGUUCAUCUCUCAUGGCAUUAGUCACUGCUACAGCUCGUUCCGAGGUGACGUCAGAGGCAACGCCCCCAGCUUCUACUGGAUGUACCUGUUGUCUGUGUGUGCAGGCGGCAGCGCCUGGAUCUCGCUCUGGGCAACCGUGGACAGGUACGGUCGCCGCGGCAUCCUGCUCCUCUCCAUGACGAUGACGGGGCUGGCCUCUCUGAUCCUCCUCGGACUCAUGGAGUACCUCAGUGAGACGGCCAUCACGGUUUUCUCAGUGCUGGGUCUGUUCUCCUCUCAGGCCACCGCCUCCCUCUGCAUCCUCUUCACUGCAGAGAUCAUGCCCACCAUCAUCAGGGGCAGCGGUGUGGGCAUUGUACUCGCCCUGGGCUGCGUGGGCCGCCUCAGCUCCCCGCUCAUGGACCUGAGGAACCACUACGGCUACUUCCUGCACCACGUGGUUUACUCGUCUCUGGCCCUGCUGGCUGUGCUGUCCAUCCUGCUGCUGCCAGAGAGCAAGAGGAAGCCGCUGCCACAGACGCUGGCCGACGGGGAGCAGUACAGACGCCCCCCACUGGGCAGAAGGAGGAGGGACAACGUGCCGCUGCUCGCGACGCCUAACCCGGAGACCUAAAGGACCCAGAGACAGGCGGGUGGACAGUGCUGAGAUCAGUCAGCAGCACACAGUCAGAACAUUUACAUCCGUCAUGUUUCUGCAGAGGAGAAAAAGGUCAGAAGAUGGAGGGAGAGUGAGCGAGGUCGACGCUUCCUGACGUAUCGACCUGUAGUUCCAAACAAGCUGACGGUUGGGCUGCCAUGUUCCUUCAUCUUUCUGGUUCCCUUUCAUUCAGAUGUGUGUGAAUGUGUGAACACACAUAAAAACACAGCAUUUUCUGUACCAUCUCUUCAUGCCAGACAGCGUAUGAUCCCCCAAACACAGCGUGUCCGUGGCGAACCUGCUUUACUACUGACGAUAAUUGGUCUUAGCGUUUGUCUAAACCUGCAUAGAAUGUUUUUUUGUCAUGUCUGUUGUGUACGAUGACACAAAAUGUGAAGUGUACAAAAAUUAUAUGAAGGUUGUUUUUGUAUACUCUCCUUUGAUGACACUCCAAACAGAGACGGACUGUUCUCUGAUGUAUGUUGAGGGGCUGUCGGUGAUACAUGCCUUGUAAAUACUCUAGACUUAGUUUCUUUAACUUCUGGGUUCAUGUGAGUUUUGGAAACUGUAUGCACAGAAUACUAUGCAGGCUGGAAGCAGCAUAGAGGAGUUUGAAUCAUAAUUUUUUAGAGCCGAUGCUGGUUAAUUUGACCAAAGUCUUUAAAUUUAAAGGACGGUUUUUUGAACAUAAAUCAGCUAUUAUCAAUAUUGGGAUCAGCAGCAAAAACAUUCAUGUUCAAACAUUGUGAAACCAGUUUUCGAAUCUGGCCUGGAGCCAGCUAUAUUUAUAACUUAUGUUGUUAAUAAGCAUAAUGAAGAAAUUAUCCAGUUUUUUUUGGUAUUAAGCUAAAUAUUGUUCAAUUGGCUUGAGAUGAUGUGGCAUGGAGUAAACCUUCAGUUCUCUGGUGUCUGUUGUCCAGUAACUGUCACAACAUUCCUAUCUGCAUGUUUGGAGGAACUUGAAGGGCUUGUUGUUUUUUUUGUCUCUUUUAGUUCAGUACUCCUCUAGACGGCCAGUUGUCUACGCUGUAAGAGAAUAGACUGGCACCAAACACACUACAUUUGAAGUUUAAAAGUGACAUAUUUUUGUCAGGACUUUGUACAUGGGACAUGUGUUAUUUGAACUGAAUUUUUAUUGAUGCUGGACAAAAGGGCCCGUUGAUGAGGCUCCGUGAAGUCUGAGUGGGAGCUGAAGGGGGCCCCAAGAGCUCCAAAUAAGCCCCCCCCCCGUGCGACAGCAAGGGGGGGGGGUUGAUUUGAGGAGCCAUUGAAGGACACCGAACCUUUGCCGACGACCUCCUCCGUCAGCCUUUGGAAUUUUUUUUAUUUCCUCUGUAUGUUGCACUCAACAAGUCCAAACACUUGUACACUAAUCAGUAACUUGGCUCGAGUAAUAUUAUAUCUGACGACACUGACGAUCUGUGAUGCUGUUACUCUAUAGUCUGAUUUCAUGUACAAUUAAACUUGUUACAUAAAC